AUGCGCAACGUUUUGCUGCUCGGGGUCGUACUUUCUAUCUUGUCCGGCGGACUGGCUGCGUCUCUUCCUGUGGUCGACCUUGGAUAUGAGCUGUACCAGGCCACUGGUUUCAACGAAGCUGAAGGCUACUACAACUUCUCCAACAUCCGCUAUGCCUCGCCGCCCGUGGGGGAACUGCGCUUUCGAGCGCCGGUGCCGCCCGCUACCAACCGGUCCGCUGUUCGCAACGGGCUUGAUUUCCGCAUCUGCCCGCAGGCACAGCCACUUUGGAUGGCGACCUCGGUAGAAUGGCUCUUCCCGUAUCUCACCAAGGGGGUUUUGCCCAACGUGACGGGUCCGGCGGCUGUACCAACCGCGGAUGGCAGUUCUCCGGCACUGGCACGCGACGACCGAGAGAACGAGGAUUGUCUCUUUCUGGACGUGCUAGUGCCCAAGAGAGUGUUUGCAAAGUCGGGCCAGAAGGCUCCUGUCUUGGUCGAGAUACAUGGUGGUGGCUAUGCCCUUGGCUCCAAGUCUGAAUCGGAACCGCGUGGUCUCCUGCGCCGCAGCACUGAUUUCACUGAAGAUGGAAUCGUCUACGUCCGGAUGAACUACCGACUCGGCGCUUUCGGCUUCCUUUCAGGCCCGACAUUUUCAAAGGAUGGGACAGCAAACGCCGGGUUGCUCGACCAAAGGAUGGCCCUUGAAUGGGUGCAGGAGAACAUCCAUCUCUUUGGGGGGGACAAAGACCGAGUCACGGUUUUCGGAGGAUCUGCUGGAGCCGGGUCGAUCAUCCACCAGGUCUCAGCUUUUGGCGGCGAACAACACAAGCGUCUAUUCCAGAGGGCCAUCCCGCAGUCUCCAGCCUGGCUUCCUAUGCCGUCUGCGUUGGGACAGGAGCGCAGCUUCAACGAGUUCCUGGAGGCCGCAAACGUCAGCAGUAUCUCGGAGGCGCGAAGCCUGACUUCGGCGCAGCUCAUCCAGGCCAACUCUCUCCGCGUUUCUCUUGCCACACCAGGAACGUUCGGAUUCGGUCCUACGAUUGACGGCCAGCUGGUACGCGACGACCCCCGAGCACUACUCGAUUCAGGGCGUUUUGAUAAAUCCAUCGACGUUCUGUUUGGACACAACCCCAACGAAGGCCUCGGGUUUCAUUCACCAGUCGCCAACAGCGCCGAGUAUCUUGUAGGGCUGCGAGCACUCCUCCCGCAUGCCGACGACUCCGUCAUUCGCUACCUAUCUGACACACUUUACCCGCCCAGAUUCAACUCUUCACUGUAUCCGGAUCAGAUGCGGCGAAUGGGCCUGACGGUUACCGAAGCCGCCUUCACAUGCGCUGCUUCUGCACUUGGUCGAGCGUUUGCCAAAGCCGACGCAAACGCGUACGGCUACGUCUUGGAGACCUCCUUCGGCCUCCAUGGAACUGACGCGCCCUUCAUCUACUUUUAUCCCGAGACCUCCACUGUCAAUGAGACCAUGGCCUCCACGCUCCAGGACUACAUGCUCAGCUUUGUCGUCGACGGGGUUCCCGACAGCGAUUCGGGUGGGCUGGGACGGAUGAUGCCGUAUGGCCAGGAUGGAAGGGUUGUACGCAUCACGGCGGACGGAAUUCUGCAAGGAAUCGAUCCCGCGGCCAACGCAAGGUCGUUCCGCUUCCUCGGCCCGGACCAGGGCCUCCGCCUCCAGGACCUCCCGAUCCCCACCCCGGGCCCGGGCGAGGCCCUCCUCCGGGUCAAGGCCGCCGGCCUGUGCCACUCGGACACGCACGUCCUGCACGGCGGCGGCGCGGCGUGGAUGUGCGCGCUGCCCGUCACCCUCGGCCACGAAGUCGCCGGCGUCAUCGCGGCGCUGGGCGACGAGCCGCUUUCCUCCUCCUCCUCCUCCUCCUCCUCCUCCCAGCGAUUCAACGUCGGCGACCGCGUCGCCGUCGCCUGCGUCGGCCACCCGAUCCAGACCCGCGACUUCCGCGAAGCCCUCGGCGUCGGCCGUGACGGCGGCUACGCCGAGUUCGCCCUCGCGCCCCUGAAACACCUCGUCAGGAUCCCCGCGGGCGUCGCUUUCGCCCAGGCCGCCGUGGCGACGGACUCCGUCGCCACGGCCUACCACGCCGUCGUCGCCGAAGGCAAGGUGUCCGCAUCCCACACCGUCGCCGUCAUCGGUCUAGGCGGGCUCGGCCUCAACGGCGUCGCCGUGUCGGCACUGCGCGGGGCGAGGGUCUUUGGCGUCGACGUCGACACCGCCAAGUUCGAGCGGGCGAGGGCCCUCGGCGCCGUCGAUUGCGCCGUCGGACUGGACGCGUUCGCGGCAGAGACGCUGGACGUCGUGCUGGACUUUGUGGGCGCGCAGGCGACGGCCGAGGCGGCUGUGUCGAUGGUGAGGCCCGGCGGCUGCGUGGUGAUGGUCGGUCUCGCGGCGCAGAGCGUGCGGAUCGCAACGUCGGCCCUCGUCACGCAGAACGUCUCGCUCCGCGGCUCGACGGGGGCAAGCAUCCAGGAACUCGGCGAGGUUCUCGAGUUGGUGGCUUCGGGCGCGCUGACGCCGUACGUGGAGGAGAUCGCAUUCGAGGAUGUGCCGGCCGGUCUCGAAGCGCUGGGAGCUGGUGAGGUCAAGGGGCGUCUCUACAUUGUUCCCUGA